AUGUCUUCCAACAGUUCCAAUUCAUCCACAAUGUGGAAAUAUUUCGAUAAAUGUGAUAAUGGUGGUUCGUGUAAGUUGUGUCGUAUGACUGUCAAGACAUGUGGCAAUACGACCAACUUGAAACAACAUCUUAAACGCAAACACCUAUCCAUUAAUAUAAACGUAUCAGCUUGUAAAUCUGCGAGAUCGGAAUCGGACCCAACUCCAUUCGAAAAUGAUGAAGAUGAUCCAUCAAUGGUUCAGUCCACAUCUGGUACACAAACAACUUUGGAUACAGUCGUUGUGUCUCAUUCUCGGCCAACAUCACAGUGUUCGGGAUAUGAAACUGUGCUGUCAAAGGGCAGUGAAUUGAGUGAUUCGAUUUCUGAAGUUUCUGUGGCAUCAAAUUUUACUGUUGGCACUUCAACUAGUAGAUCCUCCAGUAGUUCAUGCUCAAAACAGUCAAAAUUGAUGCAACCCACAAUUGCUCAAUCUUUCAAUGACAUAAGAUCCUUUGAAAAAGGAGGUGUCAAAAGUGUAUCAAUUACUAACUCAAUAGUGUAUAUGUUGGUCAAAGAUAAUAUGCCACUUUGGUCGACUGAAAAAGAUGGUUUCAAAUAUUUUAUGAAAACUGUGGCACCCAUGUAUAAAAUACCAUCCAGGAAGACCAUUACCAAAUUAAUUAGUACAAAGUAUGAUGUACUAGCUGUUCAAAUAAAAAAUAAAUUGUCUCUAGUGGAAAAUAUAACUUUAACGACGGAUAUAUGGACAGACACCAUCAACACAAAAAGUUAUCUUGGUAUGACUGGGCACUAUCUCAGUUUAUCCAAAUUACAAUUGGAGAGUGUUAUGUUAGGAGUUCUUGAACUUCAAGAACGCCACACAUCAGAAAAUAUUAUAGGGUGGCUUGACAAUCUGCUUAAAAAAUGGGGUAUUGAAAAAAAUCAAGUAAUAUUAGUUGUAACAGAUAGUGGUGCUAAUAUUAAACAUGCAGUGUAUAAUUUCUUUGGCAAGGACAAACAUUUGCCUUGCUUUGCGCAUACGUUGAACCUAGUGCCCACUUUAUCAUUAGGCGAUGAUAUUUUGAAGUUUUGGGAUACCCAUGGGCCAAUUUAUCCCAAUCUAAAAAAAAUUGUAGAGCCAUACCUAGCGAUGGUAGCUACUUCGGUACCAUCAGAGCGUCUGUUUUCGAAAGCUGGACAGAUAGUAACAGAUUGUCGCAACCGAUUGACAGGUAAAAAUUUGAACCAAAUUAUGUUUCUUGGGUCUCUUACUGAAAAAGAUUGGCAUUUGGAUUUAAUAUAA